GAGAGAGAGAGCGAGGGAGAGAGAAAGAGAGAGGGAUUGUACUCUGAACCCUGCAAGUCUCUUUAAAACGCACAGGGAACACGGACCGGUACUGUAUUGUUCAGGAGAGGGAGCGCAGAUUAAGGUCUGAUUCUCUUGCUGCUAGAAGUAGACAAUUGGGAAAACACACAGCCUCACGAUGACAGAUCAGAGACUGAACAGCACAUCGGUGGAGAUGAAGGAAGGUAUCUGUAACGAGGGGCUCCAAGUAGAUGAUGACGAGGAAAAAUCUCAUAAAGAUAAAGGAAAAGGGGAACCAAGUUCGUCCCUGGUCCUGUCACCGAAUGAAGAGGACAGCGCCUACAGACAGAUCAAGCCGUAUGCCGGCAUGCCUAAAGAGGUUCUGCUGAUGUAUUCAAGCCAAGCCCGCUAUCGCCUUCCCCGGGAGAUCUUGUUCUGGCUACUGAUGGCGUCCACGGUCGCGCUGGUGGCCUUGACCAUCGCGGUAAUCGCCCUGUCACCAGGUUGCCUCAGUUGGUGGCAGUCGUCCGCAGUGUACCAGAUUUACCCACGUUCUUUCAAGGACUCCGACAAUAACGGCGUUGGAGAUCUAAAAGGUAUCAGAGAGAAGCUGGAUCACUUUGAUUACCUCAACAUCAAGGCCAUCUGGAUCAGUCCCUUCUACCUGUCACCCAUGAAGGACUUUGGGUACGAUGUGGAGGAUUUCCGGGAUAUCGACCCCCUGUUCGGGACCAUGCAGGACUUUGACGGCCUUCUCAACGCCAUGCAUGACAAAGGGCUGAAGCUGAUAAUGGACUUCAUCCCCAAUCACACCAGUGACAAGCAUCGCUGGUUCCUACUCAGCCGAAACUACACAAGUGGCUAUGAGGACUACUACAUCUGGACAAACUGCACACCCCCUGUUCUGCCAAACAACUGGGUGAGCGUGUUCGGGAACUCCUCCUGGACGUACGAUGAGGUGCGGGGGCAGUGCUACCUGCACCAGUUCCUCAAGGAGCAGCCCGACCUCAACUUCCGCAACCCGCGCGUGAAGCAGGAAAUGAAAGACAUCAUCCAGUUCUGGCUGGACAAGGGUGUGGACGGCUUUCGCAUGGACGCCGUGAAGCACAUGCUGGAGGCGAAACACCUGAGAGACGAGCCCCAGGUGGACCCCAGCCAGCCCCCGGAGAGCGUGAAUUCGGAGUUUGACCUGUACCACGACUACACCACCUCCCAGCUGGGCCUGCACGACAUCCUGCGGGACUGGAGGGUGGACAUGGACGAGUACAGCAGAGAGCCGGGCCGUUACAGGUUCAUGGUGACCGAGUCCUAUGACUAUGAAGAGAUUGACAAGACCAUGAUGUACUAUGGGACGGACACGGUCAAAGAAAGCGACUUCCCCUUCAACUUUUAUCUCCUCGACCUACCCAAACAACUGUCUGGAGACGGUGCCUUCGACCUGGUCAACCUGUGGAUGACCAACAUGCCCAAGGGAAAGUGGGCAAACUGGGUGGUGGGGAAUCACGACAAGCCGCGCAUCUCCUCCAGCACGGGAAAGGAGUACACGCGUGUCAUCAACAUGAUGCUGCUCACGCUGCCCGGCACGCCCACCACUUACUACGGCGAGGAGAUCGGCAUGGAGAACGUGAACGUGACCGAGAUCCAGGACCCGUUCGGCAAGUUCAACCCUAACGCAAGCAGGGACCCCCAGAGGUCCCCCAUGCAGUGGAGCGCAGAGGAGUAUGCGGGCUUCAGCCAGAACAAGACCUGGCUUCCCAUCCACCCCAACUACACCACUGUCAAUGUGGAGGUCCAGAAGGCGGAUCCCGGGUCGGUCCUGGCGCAGUACCGGGCCCUCAGUCUCCUGCGGCAGUCGGAGCUGGCGCUGCACCGGGGCUGGGCGUGCUUCCUGCACCGAGACGCCGACGUCCUGGCCUUCGCGCGGGAGCUCGACGGCUACCCCCGCGCCUUCCUGGUGCUGCUCAACUUCGGGGGCGCCGCGCUGACCGACCUCUCCGGCGUGGCCGAGCUGCCGGACCAGCUGACCGUGCGCGUGGGCACCCGGGGCAGGGAAGGGGAGAGCGUUCAGAAGGCCAAAAUCCGGACUGAGCCCGGGGAGGGGCUGGUGCUGGAGUACUCCUCCCACACGCGACUCCACCCGGCCCACGCCUCCCGCUGCUACGUGUCGGAGAAGGCCUGCUACAUGAGCGCACUGGACAUCCUGUACAAGUGCUGAGCGCAGCACUGGGGCGGGGCGGGGCGGUCCCGAAUGCGCAAGGUCCCUGUGCUCCCAAUCGAGUCGCUCCGUAUGCGUUGUUCCUCUGAAUGUUUUGUAAUUAAAGAUUUGCAGAUUUUCA